AUGAAAUUUGUUGAUUGCUUCUUUUGUGAUCUACCUGGUUACUCCUUCACACACACGCCUACUGAAGGUGAAAAAGGUGGUGCUCUGUUGUAUGUUUCUAAUCACUUGCAAUUUAUUGAACGUCUUGAUCUUGAUACACUUGCAUACAAAAGCAGUGAACUUGAAUCUAAAUUCAUUGAAAUUAUACAGGCUAAAGAUAAAAACAUGAUUGUAGGAUGCAUUUAUAGACACCCCUCAAUGUCUGUUGAUGAGUUCAACAACCAAUUUUUAAUGCCCCUUCUUGAGAAAGCGUCUUCUGAAAAUAAGCCAAUCUUUCUCCUUGGUGAUUUUAAUAUUGACCUUCUAAUGUCCGAAUCGGUUAAAGAAGUUUCUGAUUAUAUUAAUAUUACCUCCCAGUUUAAUUUAAUGCCUCAUAUAAUUUUGCCCACAAGAGUCACUGAAUCUACCAGCACAAUUAUAGAUAAUAUUUCUUUUAACUCUGCCAAGUGGGAUACUUUGUCUGGUAAUAUUAUUAAUUCAAUAUCUGAUCAUUUCCCCCAGUUCUUGGUGUUAAGAGAUUUGUCUGCUGUCAAUCCGGCUCAUGUAUCUAAUGAUAUUUAUGCUCGUAACUGGAAAAAAUUCAGUCAUGAUGCCUUUCGCACUGAACUACAAUAUACGGAUUGGGAUGCUAUACUUCAACUAAGCACAGAUGAUCCCAAUGUAUCGUUUAAUAAUUUUUACAACAGUUUCAACAGUCUUUUGGAUAAAUACGCUCCAUUAAAAACGACUUGUAAUAAAAAAAGUAGAAAAAAAUCCAAUCCUUGGAUUACUAAUGGUAUCCUUACCCCUAUUACUAAAAGAGACCUUCUUCAUAAACGUUUUUUAAGAGAGAAAGAUCCAUAUUUUAAGUCUCUCUUGUUAGAGCGUUUCAAAAAGUACCGCAAUAAAAUUGUAACUCUGUGUAGAUUGAGCAAGAGUGUUAAAAAUAUAAUUUCUGUUCGUUCUUCUGCUUCUGCUUCUCCAACCCGUAUGAACAUUGAUAACUUGCUUGUCACUGAUCCAGUGACAAUUGCUAGCUCUUUUAAUAAUUAUUUUUCAUCAAUUGCUGACAAUAUAAGAAUGGGCAUCCCAUUCACAUCAAAACAUUUCUCUUCCUUCUUAAAAUAUUCUGUUCCUAAUUCAAUGUUUCUUUCACCAACUGAUGAUAUUGAAGUUCUCCAUUGUAUUUCUUCCUUGGACCUUGGUAAAUCUUCUGGGCCAUUUAGCAUUCCUGCCCAAAUUUUUUCUACUGUUAAAACUGAAUUAUCCCUUCCACUCUCUAAACUUAUAAAUUUGUCUUUUACUUCAGGCAUUUUUCCUUCUAAUUUAAAAACUGCCAGGGUUAUCCCUAUUCAUAAAAAAGGAUCCAAAUUGGAACUUACAAAUUAUCGACCUAUAUCCUUACUUUCAAACAUUGAUAAGAUAUUUGAAAAACUUAUAUAUAAACGGGUGUAUGGGUUUCUUGAAGCUAACAAUGUCCUGUAUAAGCAACAAUUUGGUUUCAGAAAAAAUUACUCAACCUGUCAAUCACUAAUGAAUAUCUCUCAAAAAAUUAUGGAUGCUCUUGAUAAAGGAAAUUAUGCAUGUGGAGUGUUUAUUGAUCUCCAGAAGGCUUUUGAUACUGUUGACCAUGAAAUUCUGCUUACAAAGCUUCAUCAUUAUGGAAUUCGAGGUAAUGCUCUCUCUUUAUUUAGGUCCUACUUAAUAGGUCGUCAACAAUUUGUGUCUUUAAAUGGAGCUAGAUCAGCAAAUAAUCUUGCCAGACAUGGUGUCCCUCAAGGCUCUGUUUUAGGACCACUUUUAUUUUUAAUUUAUAAAAACGACUUGAAUUGUGCAAUUAACUAUUCUAUGGCUUCUCAUCAAGGGCUUAUGCCUAGUGAUUCUAUUAAAUAUCUUGGUGUUCUAUUAGAUUCUGAUUUAAGCUGGAAGACUCAGAUCAAUAAUACUGUUGCCAAGCUCAAGAGGGCUAAUGGAGCUUUAGCUAAACUUCGUCAUUUUGUGCCUCAAAAUGUCCUUAUCCUAGUCUACUAUGCCAUUUUUCAUUCCCACCUGCAAUAUUGUAAUCAAAUUUGGGGUCAACCAAAUAGUCUUGAUGUUAAUCGUAUUGCUGUUUUACAAAAUUUUGCUAUCAGACAAAUGACUUUUGAAUCUCGAAGAGCAUCAUCUAGUAUCAUCUAUGGCAACCUGGAAAUCCUCAAAUUCAAUGAUAUUGUCCAGUGUCAGAACAUUCUGUUUUUGCAUAAGCUCUUUCAUGAUAAAAUGCCUGCUACUAUCCAGAAUACUUUUGCGGUUGACUUCAACCAUGCCCAGAGCACUCGUGCAGAAAAGGCUGGCUUGAUCAAUCUUCCUACUGUCAAUACCGUUUGUUUUGGUAAAAAUUCUAUUAGAUUUAACACCAUUAAAUCCUGGAAUAAGAUACAGACAUCAAUGACUAAAAAAUUUGUUUCCAUAGAUUACUUUGGUCUAAAAAGUGAUCUAAAGAAGUAUUUUAUUGCCUCUUAUUAA